UCCUGGUGUCACGUUGUCCGUGUUCUGUGCUUUCUCGUUACGCGUUUCUCUGUCCCUUGUGAUCACCAGCCAACAUGAACGGUGAGUCGGAUUUCUCGCAGGCAGACAAGAAUGUGGAAAUGUGGCGGAUAAAAAAGCUUAUUAAGAGUCUUGAGGCAGCUCGUGGCAACGGUACCAGCAUGAUAUCUCUUAUUAUUCCUCCGAAGGAUCAAAUCACGCGCAUUGCUAAACUUUUGGCUGAAGAAUACGGUACGGCCUCAAACAUCAAGAGCCGAGUAAACCGUUUGUCCGUUCUCAGUGCGAUAACCUCCGUUCAACAACGUCUAAAGUUGUACAACAAAGUUCCAAAUAAUGGUCUUGUGGUGUACUGCGGCACGAUAGUCACAGACGAUGGGAAGGAGAAAAAGGUUAACAUCGACUUUGAGCCUUUCCGUCCUGUAAACACGUCACUGUACCUUUGCGACAACAAAUUUCACACUGAGGCCUUGACGGCACUACUGGCUGACGACAACAAGUUUGGAUUCAUAGUAGUCGACGGUAAUGGGGCUUUGUUCGGGACACUGUCAGGCAACACACGCGAGGUUUUGCACAAGUUCACUGUGGAUCUUCCGAAGAAACACGGUCGCGGUGGUCAAUCCGCCUUGCGAUUCGCAAGACUCAGAAUGGAGAAGCGGCACAAUUACGUGAGGAAGGUUGCUGAAACUGCCACUCAGCUUUUCAUCGUUAAUGAUAAACCGAACAUCGAGGGCUUAGUACUCGCUGGAAUAGCCGAUUUCAAAAGUGAGCUGGGGCAGUCCGAUAUGUUUGAUCAGCGCUUGCAAGCCAAGCUAAUCAAGACUGUCGAUAUUUCUUACGGUGGAGAACACGGGUUCAACCAGGCUAUCGACCUUGCGUCCGAUGCAUUAUCGGGUGUGAAGUUCAUUCAGGAGAAGAAACUGAUACAAAAGUACUUCGACGAAAUAUCACAAGACAGUGGCAGAUAUUGCUUUGGAGUUGACGACACACUGAAGGCGCUUGAGAUGGGUGCUGUGGAGAUACUCAUCGUGUGGGAAAAUCUUAGUGUCAACCGUUACAUCUUAAAGGCACCUGCUUCUGAAGAAACCCGAAUAAUACAUUUACGUCCGGACCAAGAACGUGAUCGGCAACAGUUCGUAGACAAAGACACGGGAGCCGACCUGGAGAUAAUAGAGACUCAGCUCUUGCUCGAUUGGUUGGCAUUGAACUAUCGGUCUUUUGGGACCAUACUGGAGAUUGUGACGGAUCGUUCCCAAGAGGGUGCCCAGUUCGUGCGUGGCUUUGGUGGCAUAGGUGGUAUCCUCCGGUACCAAGUUGACUUUACACACAUCGCGGGUGAUGACAAUGACUUCGAUGACGAGUUUAAUCUUGAUGAUUACUGACAUAAGGUGAGAAUUGCAAUGCGGCGUGGCUCCGGCUACAGCGCAGGCGGCGCUACGUCGUUCUGUCCUAUGAUUGGAUACUGGUGGCUAUCCACGGAGUGGGCACCCGUCGAACAUCAGCCUCGAUUAUUGAAACCUGAUUUGCUGUUUCUGACAACAAUCCUUUGCUGUUUUGUUGAGUGUGGUGACUUGUGUAUCUUAGGUAACAGACUGUAUGUAACUACCGUUUUGGUGUUCU